CCAUGUGCUUCCCCCUCCCGCCUGCUUCAUUGGCCCGAAAUGGGUCACGGUCCCGCCCCCAGUGCCGUCUCCCAUUGGGCAAAUGUAGGUCAGGGUCCCGCCUCCCACCUAAAGGCACUGCAACUUCUCGCACGGAACCCCUCAUGCGCCCUCCCGGGCCUCGGCGGAUCCGGGGGUCCCAUUGGCCGUGCGUCUCGAGGGAUCAAGACGCGAUUGGCCCGCGCUUUCAGCCGGAGGGCGGCACGCGGCUGGGGUCCUCGGCCCAAGCAGCUGGCGGGGGCUAAUAGGAGGGGUGCGCGCUGUGGCGUCGAGUGUUUUGGUUUGGCUUUUUUUUUUUUUUUUUUUUUUUUUUCCGCGAAAGAAGUUUGCGUUGGCCACGCCUCAAGGAGGCCGCCUCCUCUUGCCCCCUCCCCCGCCCCUCCGCGCACACCUCUUGGUGCAGAUUGCAGAGCGCCUUCCGCUGAGAGAGCUGCAGAUUUUGCAAGAGCAAGGCUCGCCCACCGUGUAGAAGGAGCGCCUUGUGUCCCCUUGAACUCUGGACUGCAGAGAACCCGCUGCCUGAUUUGAUCAACCCCUCACUCAGACUGCAUGGUCUCCAGGGACCCUCUUGAGUUGCACGUUUCUGCACUGAGGACUGCAAAUCCCCGUCACUCCUAGGAUUUGCAGUGUUCUGGAUACUGGAGGCUCGCAAGCUACGCUCGCCCGCCCCUGGGCAGGCACUCGCCCGAACCACUGGAGUGUGCCUCUAACUGGCAGGCCGGCUCUUCGCCUCUCCAUGAGCCCCUGAGCCUGCGGGCAGGUGCCCGGUGAUGGCGCGGCCCGUGAGCGACAGGACCCCGGCCCCCCUGCUGCUGGGCGGCCCAGCCGGGGCCCCCCCUGGCGGGGGAGCGCUGCUUGGGCUGCGGAGCCUUCUGCAGGGGACCAGCAAACCCAAAGACCCAGCCAGCUGUCUCCUGAAGGAAAAGGAGCGCAAGGCGGCUCCGCCUGCAGCCACGGUCCCUGGGCCCGGCCUGGAGACGGCGAGCCCGGCGGAUGCCCCAGCUGGGGCAGUGCUGGGCGGCGGGUCCCCGCGGGGGCGCCCGGGGGCCGCGCCUGGCCCGGGUCUGUUGGCGCCGCUGCUGUGGGAGCGGACGCUGCCGUUCGGCGACGUGGAGUACGUGGACCUGGACGCCUUCUUGCUGGAGCACGGGCUCCCGCCCAGCCCGCCGCCCCCCGGCGGCCCUUCACCGACGCCCUCCCCCGUGCGCACGCCCGCACCCUCCCCGGGGCCGGGUUCCUGCGGCUCAGCUUCCCCUCGUUCCUCCCCGGGGCACGCCCCCACCCGGGCUGCCCUCGGGGCCGCGGGCGGCCACCGCGCAGGCCUGACCUCCCGGGACACACCCAGCCCGGUGGACCCAGACACGGUGGAGGUGCUGAUGACAUUUGAACCUGACCCAGCUGAUUUAGCCCUGUCAAGCAUUCCUGGCCAUGAGACCUUUGACCCUCGGAGACAUCGCUUCUCAGAGGAGGAGCUGAAACCCCAGCCCAUCAUGAAGAAGGCUCGGAAGAUCCAGGUGCCAGAGGAGCAGAAGGAUGAGAAGUAUUGGAGCCGGCGGUACAAGAAUAACGAGGCAGCCAAGAGGUCCCGAGACGCCCGGCGGCUCAAAGAGAACCAGAUAUCAGUACGGGCGGCCUUCCUGGAGAAGGAGAACGCCCUGCUGCGGCAGGAAGUGGUGGCUGUGCGCCAGGAGCUGUCCCACUACCGCGCCGUGCUGUCCCGCUACCAGGCCCAGCACGGAGCCCUGUGAGGCUGUCCCCCGCCCCUGCCCGGCGGCCUCGCUCAGACUUGCGCCCUGACGUCCUCUUCCCUCCCCGCCCUGUGGCCCACCGGCCGGCCAGCUGGGUGCCCAGGGACGUGAUGAUGCAGAUAAAUACAUUUAUAUUUUUAAGAAAAA